GCUCGUCUACCCUGCAGGGGAAAGUUCUUUUGCGAACGCCCGGCCGCCUGUGCUCGCCUCGGUCAGGGGCGCGCGCGGCUGAUAAGGGUCACGGCGGACCCCGCGGAGACGAGGGCGGUGCCGGGGCGAGCUGGCUGGGGACCCAGCGGGCUGACCCAUUGCAUAACCGCGAGGUGUCCCUCCGCCCCCGCGCCAAGCCUCAGCCCGGCGAGCGGAUCCCGGGGAUAAACCCCUUUCGCCCACCCCGCAGAGUCCACAGCGGCGCUGGCGGGGCGGGGGUGGACCCGCCGGCGCGUUUCGCAGGCCGCACUCUGGGCGCUUCCCCGCGACGCUCUCCUCCUCCCGCGCUGCCCGCGGGGCCCCCGGCCCCGCCGGCGCCUCCGCCCCGAGCGCUCCCCGCCCCUCGGAAGCGCGGACCGCGGCGGCUGGGGCCCGGGAAGGGGCCACGGCACGGGGAGUCGGCCCGGUGGGUGCGCCCGCGGGGCAUGUACGCGCGCCGCCGCCCGGGGUACAUCGGUCCACGCGAGGUAGAUUUCCCGGUGUUAGAGAGACUGCUUUUCUGCUGGAUUGGGCUUCCAGUGACUGCCCCCCCCCCCCGCCCCUUUUUCUUAAUCGUCUUCUGCUCAGAUGGCCAGUUACCUAUGUGCCAGGUAACAUUCCAUGCUAAUCUUGAAUGCCAAUAGGAAGUCACUGGACAGCAAAACUCUUCCAGGAUUAUAACUGGACUAUCAGAGUAACCCGAAAAAGAAGAAAAAAGAAUCGAAGUCAUGGCCAAAGGAACUAGAGUUCGGUCUACCUCUCCUCCAGAUGGAGGCUGGGGCUGGAUGAUCGUGGCUGGCUGUUUCCUUGUUACCAUCUGCACCCGGGCGGUCACCAGAUGUAUUUCAAUUUUUUUUGUGGAGUUCCAGACAUACUUCACUCAGGAUUACGCCCAAACAGCUUGGAUCCAUUCCAUUAUAGAUUGUGUGACCAUGCUGUGUGCGCCGCUUGGGAGUGUUGUCAGUAACCACUUAUCCUGCCAAGUGGGAAUCAUGCUGGGUGGCUUGCUGGCCUCUACUGGUCUCAUCCUGGGCUCGUUCGCCACCAAUCUGAAGCAUCUCUACCUCACUCUGGGAGUUCUGACAGGUCUUGGAUUUGCACUCUGUUAUUCUCCAGCGAUUGCCAUGGUCGGCAAGUAUUUCAGCAGACGGAAAGCCCUGGCUUACGGGAUCGCCAUGUCCGGAAGCGGCAUCGGCACCUUCAUUCUGGCCCCGGUGGUUCAGCUCCUUAUCGAACAGUUUUCCUGGCGGGGAGCCUUACUCAUCCUCGGGGGCUUCGUUCUGAAUCUCUGUGUUUGCGGUGCCUUGAUGCGGCCCAUUACCCUGAAAGAGGACCAGACGACUCCAGAGCGGAGCCCCAUCAGUAGAACUCAGAAACAAGACUUCAAGCGAGUGGCUCCCUGUUCCACUUUGACUAAAGAAUGGGUGCAGACCUGCCUCUGUUGCUCUUUGCAGCAGGAAUACAGUUUUUUACUGAUGUCAGACUUUGUCGUGUUAGCCAUCUCUGUUCUCUUUAUGGCUUAUGGCUGCAGUCCUCUCUUUGUGUACUUGGUACCUUACGCUGUGAGUGUUGGAGUGAGUCACCAGCAAGCCGCUUUCCUUAUGUCCAUACUCGGGGUGAUUGACAUUGUUGGCAAUAUCACAUUCGGAUGGCUAACUGACAGAAGGUGCCUGAAGAAUUACCGGUAUGUCUGCUACCUCUUUGCCGUGGGACUAGAUGGGCUCUGCUAUCUCUGCCUCCCAAUGCUUCAGAGCUUCCCCCUGCUCGUGCCUUUCUCUUGUACCUUUGGCUACUUUGAUGGUGCCUACGUGACUCUGAUCCCUGUAGUGACUGCAGAAAUAGUGGGGACCACUUCUUUGUCCUCAGCGCUCGGUGUGGUAUACUUCCUUCAUGCAGUGCCGUACCUGGUGAGCCCGCCCAUUGCAGGAUGGCUUGUUGAUACGACUGGCAGCUACACGGCGGCAUUUCUUCUCUGUGGAUUUUCAAUGAUAUUCAGUUCUGUGUUGCUUGGCUUUGCUAGACUCGUAAAGAAGAGGAAAAAAACCCAGCUGCAGUUCCUUGCCAAGGAAUCGGAUCCCAAGCUGCAGCUAUGGACCAAUAGAUCGGUGGCUUACUCUGUAGCAAGAGAGUUAGAUCACAAAGACGAUCAGUGUGUGGCUCUGACAGUGCCUGGUUCCAACCCCACAUGACCCAUGGCCUUGAGCCUGGGAAUCUUCAGGGCUGAGAGAGGUGGGACCACUGGACUGCACGUGUCUCGGAAACAUUUAAUUUUGGCAGAGACAUUGCCUUCCGAGGAAAUUACUGUUAUUAUUUUAUUAACAUUUAUAGGGGAAAUACCAAAUAACAAAGCAAGUUGGACUGGCUCCGAGUUUCCUCAUUUGCGAUUUGUAUUCACAGUCGAACUUGUACCUUUCAGGCAAUGAGCAUCACUCUAUGGAGAAUGUUAGGACGGAGCUGCUAUAAUUCGCUGUAACUGGGGGUAAUUUCGAAGCAUGACCAAAGCAGAUGACAUUGAAAAGCUUUGUUGCCAACUCUGCCCCUCUGUCUGACUCCCUCAGAAUGGAAACGGAAACAAUGGCAUGUUAGAUGUGCUCACUUGAUGCUUUCUUGGAGAAAGGGGUCUGUAUUAAUCACUGCCUUUUGCAGAAUCUAAAGCGUUCUUCAACAACUCUGUGUAAAGCCCUAGUGAGAAACUCUACUAGAGAAAGAGUUGACAUCUUCACCUCCCACCUCCACAGAAGGCUUCUUCCUAAGGCUCCCCUCUGAUUAGGCACCCACAUCUGUUAAUAUAAUACUGAAUUUAACAGAAUACAGCAAGUCACAAGGGUGAUUUCUAAAUCUUACCUGACAUGUUAACACCAACACUUCUCUCCCCCUUUUUUUCUUUAGAAACAAAGCUUUUAUUUGAAUUGUACACACAGUCCUGCCAGGAACUGAAAGUGUUGGCAGAAUUCCAGCUGGGCAGGAAUUGAAUUCUUGAAUCAGCAGGUCUCUGAUGGGAGGUUUUUUUUUCAGAUCAGACAUAUCGGUUCAUCAUUACCCAAAACAGAACUUGGGAGGUUAGCCUGAAAAAUAUUCUAAAGGUGAGAUUCCUUUCUCCCUGGGUUAAGUUUUUAUCUUUUUAUGGAUAAUCAUUAGAAACUUGAUUCUAACUUGGGCCUCUUCACCUGAGUGAGAAGGCUUUAGGGAUUCGGCUGAGCAUCCCAGUGCUCAUUAAUUAGAGCUUUGGUCGGGGGAGAGGGAAGAGAAGCUUAAGAAGGCUAAUGCUGUGACACUUAAUAGUUCAUAGAACUUGUUUAUGUACCUUUGCUCAUUGGAUUAGAAUAAUUUUACUCAUUCUCAAGUACUCUGUUUUCCUACAGUUUGGAGUAAUUUCUAACUUUUCAGAGGGAGGACGUGGGAAAGAAGAGAAAGGCCAGAUCUGCUGGCUUGUCUCCAACCAUUUGCAUCCCCAAAUUGUGUCAUACCUGUAAAUUAGAAGCAAGUUACACCGUUGAAGGGGGAUUUUGACUAUGGAAAAAUUUAAAAUCUGAGCCUCAAAGAAAUAUUUUGACCCCGAAGUCCAUUUUAUCCAUUGUCCCUCCAGAGGCCUGCACUGAGGAAGAUCUUAGGUUGACUAGGCAUGUUCAGCAAGUCUUUGCCUAUAACUGGAUUACUUCAUGAAAUUACAUAUUAAUACAUUGCUUUCAGAAUGAAAUACUGCCUUGAUUUAAUGGAAGAAAGCUGUAGUAUUUCAUAGUUGUUUUCCAAAGAUAAAUUUGAAUGUUGCCUGUUAUCUUUUUUACUUAGUUUAAGACUGUAGUUUUUUUUUUUUUUAAAGAUUUUAUUUAUUUACUUGACAGAGAGAGAU